AUGCGUCUCCAAAUUAUCUUCUGCUUCGUCGCUGCAGCGACGCAAGUCCAUGGUAAUUGGCUUCGUGCAGUUUGCGUAAAGAAUGGUGUCAAGGAUGCAGAUUCCACCAAGAUGUGUUGCGACCAUUACAAAGUCAAUGGCUGUCCUAGUUGUGGAUUUUUUCCUGCAGACCCGAGCGAAAAAUUCGACCUAGAGUGCAGGAGCUACGACAGGGAAAUUGUACCUGAAGAAUGGAGGCAACUCUGCGCUAGUGCUGGUGCUUCAGGAGAAGAGGGUCCUGUGUAGACAGAGCGACAGAUGGAAUAUUAGACAGUAGGAGAAGAAAGUGGGGCUGUUCGUGGUGUGUCAAGGAGUCAGAUCAGGUGACCUGCGUUCAUUUAUGAAGCUAUUCACAAUUAUGGAUAAACCAGCACAGACCAGUGUCAACCGACUUAAAAGAUAGAUCUCCUUAAGAAUCUCUUCUCUCCCUGUAAUCAAUCUAUUCAACCAAGUCGCAAUUGUCCUCGACUUGCACUUGUCCCGUGAUACCCCGACCCCGACCCGACUCCGCCCUACCCCGAUCAUGCCGACCCACCUAUAGCCUGGUUGUUUCAGCGUAGUGGGGGUGAUUAGCUAGGGGUGGUCGGGGUAGAGCGGGCGGGUAACGUGGUGAAUACCUAGGUCCGGGUACUACUAAAAGCCGUUGUUAUAGAGGGUCUAAAACUAAGAUAAAGUUAAAUGGCCUUAUAAGUUCUAUUACUUGUAUAGUGCGGGUCUUAUGGACUAUAGUAGCCAAGAAUAAGCUUGUCCCUUCUAGACUUAGAGAUAAGGUAAGAAAGAACCUGUAAUCCGGAGUGACGUACUAUAAAAAUAAAUUCAUUUGUACAUUCAUUUAGUUUAAACCUCUCCCCUAUAUACCAAAAUUGUAUGGCAAAUCAGGCCACCUUUUCAAACAUUUAAACCAUAUAUUACACCCACUUCGGGUGUACGUCUCGUACCUUAUAUCUCGAGUCUAAAACAGAUAAUUUUGGGAAGGAUAAUCAGAUAAGACAAGACGCAGCCCUUACUAUUAUAUAAUUAUGCUUACGAGGACGGAAGAAUCAAGUGCGAGGGACCUCGACAACUUAUAUCUACUUCUUUUAGUUCCGUUACAGAACUAACUUGCUCUUUGGAGAACUUUUCCGCAUCUCCUAUUGUGACGCAUGUCCAUGCCGCGACCAAGAAGAUCUUUGAGGAUCUGCAACGACCUUGUAAGGCUAUUUUUGGUAUAGGCAGCUGGAGACACCGAUACAUAAAACAUAUGACUUUUGCAUGCUCCGCUUAAUUUUUCCUAUGUUCACAAGUCAAGCUUCUCACCUCUACUCACGCUCAUUUAUUUUCCUAAGAACAUGAAUUGAACCACAAAAUUAUCAACAAACCCCAGCGACAAUAUUCAUUCACUCUCGUCUUUUACCUAAUAAUAAGGUCUAAUCAACAUCGCUUUGAGAUUACACUGCUCCUAGGCAAUUUGCCUAACCAUGAAGUUCUCGACAUUAUUUACCACUGAAUCACGCCAGCAAGAGUAUAACGAACCCUUUCUACCAUCUGAAAAUACAAAAAUCUUUGAUCCCAGGUCUCGAAUAAAGCUAUGUACUGCUUUUUUCGUUAACUCAGUCAUAUUCGCUUUUCUUGGGUUUAUUGUUAGGUCGCCUCCAUCCCUUCACUCACUCCCAUCUGUACUCCCAUCCUGUAAGUUCGAUGGUCACAAACAUACAUGCAAAACUUUCACACUAAUAGACCCAUAGUUGGUACAGAAAUGGUAACGUUCAACCCAAAUUCAACCUUCAGUGAAGGGAAUUCCUCGGCCCUAAAGGCAACCUGGGCGAGUCUUGUUCCAUGUCAGACACACUCCGUAACGGGUUCAAUUUCAUACUGAUUUUCGGUAGUGGGGAGAGGAUUUAUCGGUCUUGAUUCCCAUGGAAAACCAAGACCUUGGAGUGGAAUAGAAGCAGAAAUUGCUGAUAUGCGCGUCGUCACGGUUUACCACCAACUUCAUUGUCUCGUCAGUAAAACACAGAUUCCCAAAUCUAUUUCAGCUUCUAAUAGGUUCAUUGCACAGAACGGACUUCGGAUGGCUUCAAUGGGCGAAAAUCAUACCGAACAUAACAACCUCGUUGGUCAGACUCCCGAGGAGCAUUUGCAGCAUUGUUUCGAUUACAUAAGACAGUCGUUGCUAUGUAACGCAGAUACCACUUUGGAGCCACUGACCGGUUUUCCACCAGAUGUUCAGGGGUGGGGUACAUCACACCAGUGUCGAAGCCGUCAAGAAAUAUUUGAUUGGACAUAUAAGCAUAGAGCGACCGAUGAAGGUGGCAUUGUCUGA